AUGGAAUCGAGGCGGUCUAAGACGACGUUGAUCUCGGCAUUUCGUCCUAGGUCAACCAGAGAAACAUCUUCGCUGCGGCACCGACUCGAAAGGACUCCCCGGCGUCGUCAGACAGACCAGCCGGAUGCUUCUGAUCAUGAAAACGACCUAGAUGCUCAUUCAAUAAUCACCCCAUCAAAACACACCCCAAGGACUUGGCGCAUCUUGAAAGGAUCUGUUGCUACGGGAGGCCCUUUGCGGCCAUUUCGUCUUCUGAAACAAGAUAUUCUUAACCUUCGGAGACGAUACAUUUCCGACUGGGCGUUCUUCAACCAGCAGAUAUUAGCAUCUGCAAUCUUCGUCUUCUUUACCAAUCUACUACCCGGAAUCACAUUCGCAAGUGACCUCUUCGUUUUGACGGGUGCUAAUUGGGGAACGAUUGAAGUCGUACUCAGCACCGGUCUUUGUGGCAUAAUCUUCUCCUUGACCUCAAUCCAGCCAUUGACCAUCCUAGGGGUCACCGGGCCAUUUUCUGUGCUUGGAGAGACUAUAUAUAGUUUAACUCAAGAUUCUUUCAAGAUUCCUUUUUUGCCUUUUAUGGCAUGGUCGCUGAUUCAUGCCGGUUGGCUUCAUUAUCUACUAGCUAUAUUUAAUGCGCAUGAUUGGACAAUGCGUUAUGUAACGACAUUCUCAACAGAGAUUUUCUCAUUGCUGAAUAGUGUGAUCUAUUUCCACAAGGCAAUCCAAGAACUUCAAAGAGCCCAUGACAGCCUGUCCUUCGCAGCUUUUCUCUACGCCAUUAUUGGCGCUAUUGGUACAAUGCUUCUUGCCAUAUUUUUAUCCACAGCCGAGAGCUGGCGACCGCUUUUCCAUCGAUACGUACGUCUAGGGCUUUCGGAGUAUGCCGCUGCUAUAUCGAUAAUCAUCUUUAUCGGAAUCCCACACAUUGGAGAACUUGCGCAACUAGAUAAGAUGACACUAAAUGUUAGCAAUUCUUUUCGACCAACGUCUCCAGAUCGUACUAUCUUCUUUGUCGAAUUCUGGAAGCUGCCUGUAAGCUGGAUAUUUGCUGCCAUCGUUCCUGGUAUCAUCAUCACUGUGCUCUUCUUCUUCGAUCAUGAGGUCAGCUCAAUUAUAUGCACGAUUGAUCGCUAUGGCACUCGCAAGCCUGGGGGUUUUGCAUGGGAUAUAGUCUUGUUAGGAACAACGACGGCUAUGUGUGGCAUAUUGGGGAUUCCUCCGGCAAACGGACUGCUUCCGCAAGCACCUCUUCAUUCCGAGUCUUUAAUGCACACGGAAAAAGAGCAAUAUACGGUAACUGUAGAUGGCGAGGAAAUAAAUAGGACACGUGAAAUUCGAGGUGUUUAUGAGCAACGUUGGUCAACAUUUCUACAUGCCGGAGGUAUAAUGCUUUUUGUCAGCCCGCCGUUUAUGAAAGUCUUGGGAUUGACUCCAACAAGUGUGCUUGCUGGUCUGUUUCUUUUCAUGGGAGAACAGAGUUUGUCGGUAAAUCCUAUUUUGUACCGUCUUUUUUAUCUCUUGACGCCACCUUCUGAGCUCCCUCUUCUUCCCGCCGCUCUCUACAACAAAGGCUCAAAGUCCGAGAGACCGUCUUAUAUUCCAAUUCAUCUCUACACAAUUCUUCAGAUUAUCCUUACAGCAGUGAUAUUCGUCUUAACCCUGACUAAAGCUGCUCCUGCUUUUCCGGUGCUAAUUAUUGCUCUGGUGCCUUUUCGCCUGUUCGUGAUGAAGCGGUGGUGGAACCGUGAGGUUCUUCGAUUCGUCGAUGCAUGGGCGUGUCGUGAAGGGACCCCCGAGGACGAAGAGGACCAGAAGGCCCAAAGGGAGACGGCGGAUCAAAUUGACGAAGCAAUAUUUACUGCGGAUGUGUAUCCUAUGGAACGAUUGAGUAAUGCCACGGAUCUGCAACCCUGA